UAUCUUGCAUUUAUGGUAAAAUAUUUUAACCUCAGAAUUUAUUGAGAGCCCUUUCAUUUACAGCACACAGAAUUCCUCACAAAUGUUGUGCACAUCCCCACCAAAUUCAUCUAUAUAAACCUCAUACUGCUACCAAAACCAAACCACACAACCAUUUCAAUCUCCUCCUUGUUCCCUCUGGUUUUCUUCUCUGAUAUCAACACCAUGACCAGGAGGAAGGUGCAGCUCGCAUUCAUUGUCAAUGACUCUGCGAGGAAGACAACAUACAAGAAGAGGAAGAAUGGUAUGGUGAAGAAGGCAAGUGAACUGACCACCCUUUGUGGGGUUGAAGCAUGUAUGAUAAUUUACAGUCCUUAUGAAUCUGAGCCUGAGGUUUGGCCUUCCUCCAUGGAAGCCCAGAGCACCCUCGUGCGGUUCAGACAGCUUCCGGAGAUGGAGCAGUGUAAGAAGAUGAUGAACCAGAUGAGCUUCACCAGGGAAAGGAUCCAGAAAGUGAGUGAGCAGGUGAAGAAGAUGAGGAAGAACAAUAGGGAGAAAGAGCUUGCCCAGAUCUUGUAUCACUUCAUGAGCACUGGGAUUUUUCUGCAGAAUAUGACUGUCAAUGAUCUCUAUGAUCUGUCAUGGGUGAUUGAACUGAACCUGAAGGAUAUCUGCAGGAGGAUGGAGGCACUGGAGAUUGAACCUCAGAAUGAUGAAAUCCAAAUUCAAAUUCAGGGACAAGCACAAGCAGGAGAAGAAGAUCGUAACAAUGGCAAGGGGAUAAUGGAGAUGAGCAUAAGCACAUUGCAGAGACAGCAGAAUUUUAUGGAACUGAUGAGCUGUGCUGGGGAUGAGACUCUGCCAUUUGGAGAAGCCAAUCUCUACAAUGCUUGGCCUAGCCCCUUUUACUUUUGACAAACAUCAAGAGGCCAUUUCUAAGUAGACUAGGCUGCAAUUAAUAUGAAGCAGAGUUGAUUAUGAAUAGAUACGUAAAUUUGGCAAGCCUCGACUUAUUUACAUGUCUAUUCAUGAUUUAUCUAAUCUACAAAAUUUCUUUUGUAGAUUAGAUCUAUCUCUCAGUUUUCUCUUUAAUGUUUGUUGUCAGUAAUGCUCUUGUCUUUAGAUUUCCGCAGCUGAAGUAAUAAAGCUUCAUGGUCUAGUCUACCUAUUUAAGUUUCUGAUUUAUGUUGUUUCAGAGUCGUUAAUCUGCACCUUCAAUGGUGCUGGUUAGUUGAAAUCA